AUGAGCUACAACACGCUGGGGCGUCCCAUCAGCAGCCGUCCCACCAUCGUGCCUUCUACCAUCAAAACGGAUCCCAGCAUCUCCCAGAGCUCUCACAUGUCAACCAGGCCUCUCGACAGAACAGGACCCACCUCUCCACAUUACCUAGUAAUUCCCCUCAACAAGCCGGUGGGUCCCCGAGUGAAUCUCACCCUCGUGGUGAGUCUCAACACCGCGGUGGGUCCCGUGGUGGAUCUCACCCCCAUGGGGAGUCUCAGCACCAUGGUGGAUCCCAUGGCGGACCUCACCCCCGUGGGGAGUCUCAGCACCGUGGUGGGUCCCGUGGUGGACCACACGGCCACGGUGAGUCUCACCACCGCGGUGGGUCCCAUGGUGGACCUCACGGCCGCGGUGAGUCUCACCCCCGUGGUGGGUCCCGUGGUGGACCUCACCCUCGUGGUGGGUCCCAUGGUGGGCCUCACCCCCAGGCUGAGUCACUCCACCCUGGUGGGCCCCGUCGUGCACACCAGCCCCAGGCUGAGUCACUUCACCCCGGGGCAACCUCAGCAUGGUCUUCAUGCUGCUACCCCAUCUGGCAGGCCUCACCACAGAAAGCAGUCUUUUUUGGGAGACACCCUCCCCACCCACUCCCUUGAGGAGCCCUAUCAGGAAGGACCUUCCUUCCAAGAUGAUGCCUAUUAUGAAAGCCAUCAACCUAGCCAUCGCCACGGCGAGCGUCCUCACCGCCGAGACCACUACAGACAUGGCGAACGUCCCCACCACAGGGAGCAUUUCGCCCCUAACGAUCAGAGCCCCUCACAACUCUCUGUCCCAUUCAAGUCCCAAACGACACUUGGCGCCUCCUCUUCUCGUCUGGGAGGCAAAAGCUCAAGCUACCUCGGACCUCGAUCUUAUACCUCCCGUAUUUCCAGCAAAAUUUAUCCCGAGGACUCGAAAGAAUCAGGCUCUUGGAAUGAAGAGGAGCAAACUCAUAAGCGCAAAAGUGAGUCUUCCCUAGGCCCCCAUCCCAGAUUCCAACUUCCCCACUCAGAUUCACGAGCCCAGAGGGGCCACAGGAAGCUGCACUCUGGGAACAUUUUCCAGUUGAUGAUGGACAAGAUUAACUUCCUCAUUUGGGGUCUCCGGGAAAUGAUGAUGUCACUGACCGAGUCCCUGUUCUUUGAGACCUUUAUCUUCAUCAUAGUCUGCCUCAACACAAUUGUCCUUGUGGCCCAGACAUUCACUGAGCUAGAGAUUCGAGGUGAAUGGUACUUCAUGGUCUUGGACUCCAUUUUCCUCGCCAUCUACAUCCUGGAAGCCUUGCUCAAGCUCAUUGCCCUGGGCAUGGAGUAUUUUUAUGACCCAUGGAACAAUCUGGACUUCUUCAUCAUGGUCAUGGCCGUGCUGGACUUCGCGCUGCUCCAGACCAAUUCCCUCUCCUAUUCAUUCUACAAUCACAGCCUGUUCCGGAUCCUCAAGGUCUUCAAGAGCAUGCGGGCCCUGAGGGCCAUCCGGGUCCUCCGCAGGCUCAGCAUCCUGACCAGCCUCCAUGAAGUGACUGGGACUCUGAGAGGAUCGCUGAUGUCCAUCACAGCCAUCCUCUUCCUUAUGUUCACCUGUCUCUUCCUCUUCUCUGUGGUGCUCCGGGCACUGUUCGGGAAAUCAGACCCCAAGCGCUUCCAGAACAUCUUCACCACCCUCUUCACCCUCUUCACCAUGCUCACCUUGGAUGACUGGUCCCUCAUCUAUAUGGACAACAGGGCUGAGGGGGCCUGGUACAUCAUCCCCAUCCUCAUGAUUUACAUCGUCAUCCAGUACUUCAUCUUCCUCAAUCUGGUGAUUGCUGUCCUGGUAGAUAGCUUCCAGAUGGCGCUGCUCAAAGGCCUAGAGAAAGUGAAGAUGGAGAAAGCUGCCCGGAUCCAUGAGAAGUUGCUGGACGAUUCUCUGACAGAUCUCAACCAAGCCCUGUCUCUGCAUGCAGACCCUGAGGCCAAAUUGAGUGAGGGCACCUUGAAGAUGCAGCUCAUUGAGAAGAUGUUUGGCACCAUGACAGAGAGCCAGCGGGAGAAGCACUUCCAGUACCUGCAGUUGGUGGCAGCAGUGGAGCAGCAUCAACAAAAGUUUCGUUCCCAAGCAUCUGUCAUCGAUGAAAUUGUGGACACUACAUUUGAGGCUGCAGAAGAUGAAUUUGGGAAGUGA